UCAUUAGAACCAAUUAAAAAUAUUUUGAAUUUAUCAUUGAAUGAAAAUUUCUGUGAUAAAGAUUCAAAACUUUUGCUUCGAUCGGGUGAUGAAAUUGCUGUAAUUCCACCGUUAAGUGGCGGAUAAAAUAAUGGAUCAUUUAAAGUUAACGUAUAACAAAUUAGCUGUCGACGAUAUAGUUGAGCUAGUUUCGUCUCCAUCAUGCGGGGCAGUUUCAAUGUUUUGUGGUACGACGCGUGAUAAUUUUGAUGGAAAAACUGUUGUGGAAUUGGAGUAUGAAGCAUAUGAAAGUAUGGCAUUAAAAGUUAUGAAAGAAGUAUGUGUAGAAAUGAGACAAAAUUGGCCUUCAAUUGAGAAUAUUGCUAUCUAUCACAGAUUGGGUUUGGUUCCUGUAAAACAAUCCAGUAUUAUCAUAGCGGUAUCGUCUCCACACAGAGAGGCAGCUUUAUUAAGUACACAAUAUUGUAUUGAAAAUGUAAAAGGACGUAUUCCCAUAUGGAAAAAAGAAAAAUAUGGAAAGGAUGAUGAAACGGCACCAGCUUGGAAAGAAAAUAAGGAAUGUCCUUGGUCAAGUAAUAAUCAAUUUGUACUAAAAACAGAGAGAGCCGCCUGUAACGAAAUGUCUUCCAAUGAAACAAAAUCGAUACAACCUGAAACUGAAGAUGAUGAUCUGGUUCAAAUUAAAGCCUCAAAUUCUGAAAUACUUCGGCGUAUCAAUAGAUUUAUGGAACGCAAACGUGAAAUGUUAAACAUGACAAAUGUUUUAGACUUCUGUGUCCCGAAUACAUCCAAUAUUGAUUUACAUACUGAAACAAAUUCGUGUGCACGUAUUGAUGCGGUUUUAACUCGAAGAAAAGAUUCGAAAAGUCAUUUACGAGUGCGACGUGUUCAUAAUGUUCAGGGUCCAUUAACAAUGCAUUCGAUGGAAGUUAAUUCAAUUUCAAACAAUGAUGGAAUAUCUGAACGUCUUGCUAAUGCUGAACAACAUUUAUUAUUAAAUAAACCAAUACCAACUGAUAUAUAUGAAAGAAUAAAACGUAUUGAAGAUCGAAUUUUGGAAUUAGAAAGUUUAUCACCUGAAUAUUGUCAAUUUUGGAAACAUUUGCCAUCAAUGCCAUUGCCACCUUUACAAAGAUUACUUUCCACUUCGCAAAAUUUAAAACGAAAAAGGGAUAGUGAUUCUCUAGUAGAUAUUGAAAAACGGAUUGAACAUCUUCAAAGAGAAGCUUUAGAAUGACAACUGUAUUAAUUAGUGCUCCUACAGUGGG